GCAGGGCUGGCAGCGCUAGGAGCACAGACACGGGGUUUGCACCGACACAGAGGAAAGACAAGCCCCAGGGGGAGAGCGGCUGCUAGCUUUGCUGCUGAAGGCUUAAUGCCCUAAGAGCCCAGCUGACUCCUGCUGAGAAGCGAAGGGAAACCACAGGCACUUGGGACGUCUGGGCAGCCGAUAAUGCUGUGUUUCCCCAAACCUUUCCCCAAACCAUGACGGGACAAAGGUUCGGGAAAUGCAUUGCCCUUUGCCUGCUGCCCUGGAGCUGUCUGAGCUUUGCCUGGAGUGAUGCUGCUGGACCCUGGACCGCCUCACCUGGGGCAGGACAUGUCAGAAAGGGGCUGCCCAGAGAUGUUGCCAACGGGACCUACGUGCACAGCAACAUCUCAGCACCAUGCACGACUCUCCCCCCACCGCGCUACGGAUACUACUACGUGGACAGAGGCUCGGGUGUCUCCUUGGGCUCAGUCCUCGUGUACUGGUGCCAGGAGGGGUACCAGCUGGUGGGCAGUGAGAGACUCUUCUGCCUCCGCCGGGAGAGCACUUCGUCCUGGAGCCACCCCCCUCCCCACUGCCAGGCCGCCCCGCAUCCCUCGGGUACCGGCUCUCGCGUUGCGGUGGCCGCUUCGUUGCUGAGCGGAGCCGUGAUCCUGGCACUGUCUGUCUCCUUCGCCGUGUGCUGCUGGCGGGAUAGGGCGAGAAGGAGCCGCGGGGGGCAGCAGCACAGGAGGAAGGUCAGAGGAGGAUGGAAAUGUGACCCCUCCACCCCCGAGAGGAGGAGAAAUGCUUUUGGGAGACUGAAGCACUACCACCGGCGGGAUUACCACCUCUCGGCCCUCUCCAGCUCCGUGUUCCCAGGGGCAUUUGCAGGACGCAACAACCUGGCUUUCCAAAGUAGCCCUGAAAACCUGCCAAAGCUGUCCCAGCAGAACUGGCACCCUGAUGCACAGGUCUUGCCCCAGCUGGUGUUACCACCCGGCACGCCACCCAUCACCGCCCUGCCCGGCCUGCCACCACACAACGUACUGCUGCCUGCCAUGCCCUGCGGUGCUGACCUCCCCAGGGACCGGCUCCCCCUCUACUGCAGAAGCUAUGAGGAACACAAGCUCUUCAACAAGUUCGGGAGACUGGUCUGAAAAUCUAAACUGCCAUUCAGAUAUUUUUUUUUUUCCUUUUUUCUUUUAAUACCAUCAAUUCCUCAAAACUCCGCAGAGCUCAGGAAAGAAUUUCACAAGAGCCAAUCACUGCACCUGGGUUUUCAAAUGGAGAAAAUUUGACACUUCAUGUUAAAAGGAUUAUAUCAAAAAAGCCUUUUAUUUCCCCGCCCUGUCCAGAAGUGCAUAUUUCAAAGAAGAGUUCCUAGGCUACAAGCUUCUUAAUUGAUCAUUUUGGUAAGAUGCAUAAAGCAAGUUCUGAGCAGCUCCAGCUUAACCUACAGGGCUGAGCAUGUGCAGACUUUCAGGUUUUGAACACAAGAGUCUGAUUUUCUGUUUAGGGCUCUUUUAAAGGUGGGAAGUGAAGACAGCUAGUUACCAGGAACAAGGAAUCUAUGUCAUUGGAUAAUUGGAAGCACUUACAAUUCAUUGCACUUGAAUGCAGGCUGAGAUUUAAAGGGUUUUUUUGUUGCUGUUCAGAACUCAGCAUAUACUCCCAUUUCUAAACAAUCUUAGACUUGUAAGAUGCAGUGACAAGCAUGCAAAGAUAGCCAAUCAAGAGGAAAACAUAAAUUUAUCUUUAAUACAAAGGACCUAGUACAUAUGAAAACAAACAAAACCACAAAAACCUUGGGGUUUUUCAUCCCUUCUGUACUAGAAAUCCACGUCAGGUGUAUCGGGACCUACAGCAGCACUAGAAGAGCUAGCUCAAGUGCCACCAUUUGCAUUCAGAAAGCAAUGGCACCCAUAUUUCUGUUCAGGAUUUCCUGGGUGGAGAUACAGGGGCAUGUUCCAGGCAGUGCAUGCAGAGCCUGGCCCAGCAGCUUCAGGACACCUCAGCCCCUGCCUGCACCACAGGACAGACCUAUGUCUGUGUAGCAUGGCCAACACAGCCUGGGCACACGGGGCUUGUGGAGUAACAUCGCAUCACGUGUGCAGGGAGAUGCUGUUUGUAUCUCGGGAGGCUUUAUGGCCUUAGUCAGGAGAGGUGCUGGCAGCCCCAAGAGCUGCUGUGCACGGGGCAGGCGGUGAGAACGAGCACUCAGGACCUGAAUCCCCAGCAUCACCUGCCAUCCAGUGCUCAAGGACGCAAACUGCAAUGCUCAAUCCUGCUAGGAGUGCUAGUCUGCUGACCUCAUUUCUAUCAACAUUUGCAUCACAUUUCAAGGAAAGAAGCCUUAAAAGAUGCAAGGUAGCACAUUUUUGUGAUAAGGCAAGACCUACUAGUGGAUGUCUGGGAACCACUGCUGCUUCUCCCUGGAAAGUGGGCUAGGGACACCAUUUUUUCUAUUUAUAAUGAUGAUAAUAAAGGAAUCUC